AUGAACUACUAUAACAAAACAAAGAGAAAAUGCAAAAUAAACUUUAUAGACAUAGAAUUGGAGGCGUUCAUAUUUGGUUGCUUCUUGUACACAUGGAACAAAAUAUUAAAAGACAAUAUUAAGCAUAAAAGGGGAAGUAGUAAGGGAAGUACAAACAAGAAUAGCUCUACUGCUAUCAACAAAAGAAGCAUUAUUAAAAAUAAAUGCAUUCGCAAAGUUAGCAGCAGUUAUAACAGAAACUCAGAUGUUAACCCUUACCCGGGCACAGGCGCGAUUACAAGUGAAAAAACUAGCGUGAAAACAAACAUGAAUACUAGUGCCAAUUCUGACACAAUCAUAAACAGUAGCAUAAACAGUAGCAUUAACGGCAGCAUUAACGGUAACAUUAAUAGCCGCAUUAAUAGCCACAUUAAUAGCCGCAUUAAUAGCCGCAUUAAUAGCCGCAUUAAUAGCAACAUUAAUAGCAACAUUAAUAGCAACAUUAACAUUUUCAUUAAUGGCAAGAAAGUGUGCGCAAACCAAAAUGUGAACAGUGUAGAAAGGUUGAAGCAGGACAAGGUUGUGCCUAGAAAGAGCAAGAGUGUUCGUACAAGAACUCCGAGAGAGUCAUCGAAUGAUGAUAUUCGGUGUAAUUUAAAUGAGAAAUUUCAAGUUAAAUAUAAAAUCGAUAUGAAUGAUUUAAAUGAAAAAUUAUUAUACUUCGUCAAAAUAAACUUUUGCUUAAAUAACAAAGAAUUUCACAUAUUUCAUGACAUAUAUUUAUUUUAUAAUCAUAUAAAGGAGGAAAAAAAGGAGGAGGAAAUAAAGUUGCACCACAACUUUUUUAAGGCCAAUAAUAAAUACGUUAACAUGCACAAGAAAAGAGAAGACGAAGAUGGUGAUCUAUACGAUGAUAAAGACAAUGACGAAAUCAAGAUAGGUGAGAGCAAAGCAGAUGACAACCAAAUGGAUGAUAGAAUAUGGGACGAAUGUACAGUGGUGAGAAGCAGACGAACGCAAAGGUGCAAUAACACAAGAAUUAUCGAAUUAAAGGAUCAGAAAAAUAAUAAUAAUAGUAAUAAUAAUAAUAAUAAUAAUAAUAAUAGUAAUAAUAAUAAUAAUGAUAGUAAUAAUGAUAGUAAUAAUGAUAGUAAUAAUGAUAAUAAUAAUAGUAAUAAUAAUAAUAAUAAUAAUAAUAAUAAUAAUAGUAAUAAUAAUAAUAAUAAUAGUAAUAAUAAUAGUAAUAAUAAUAAUAAUAAUAGUAAUAAUAAUAGUAAUAAUAAUAAUAAAUGUAAUAGUAAUAAUAAUGAAGAAAAUAACAUAACAGUGAUAAAUAAUGAGAAUUGCUUAUUUUGCAACAUAUCAUUAAAUAAGGCCAAAAUAGGGAAAUUUUCCAAAAUUCAAAAAUUUGCACAUGAGUGUACUAAAAAAGUGUAUGGAGACAAACAUUUUGAAAUAAUUAAUAAGUGUAUUAUAAAUAUAAAAACAUUUGAUGAUAGCUUUAUUCAUUCAGUUACCAUAGAACGAUUAUUUAGUUAUAUAUAUACUCAUAUUGAUAAAAAUUUGCUUUUUUUUUGGUUUAAAUUUUUAAAUAUUCUGUUAAAUGUAACUGUUAACAAACAAUUAAUGAUAAAAAUUUUUUUUUUUUUUUGUAUGAAGAAUUUAUUAAUUUCUACCUAUUUUAACACAGAACAAAUCAUUGCAAAUCAUGAAUUUCCUAGUAAAAAUGUUUCAGCGAAUAGGCAAGGAAAAAAUACCUUUUUAACGGAUAUUAUGAAAAAAUAUAAAUGUGCUAAUAUUACUGCUAUUAUUUUAAACAGUAAAUAUAUAUUACUACAAAAUCUUUUUGAUUAUUUUUAUAUGAUAUGCUCUACAAGAAAUAAAAAAUUUUAUGACAACUUUUUUUUAAAUGUUCAAAUGAUUAAUUUUAUAUAUCUUGUACAAAUAAACUUUUUUCAUUAUUAUUAUAUUAACUUACAUAAUAAAUUACAAAGGAUGCUCAAGAAUACAGCAGCAAAGAAAUUUAAAACAGAGGACCAUAUUUAUACCAAUAAUAUUUCCAAAAAAAAAAAAAAAAAAAAAACUAACCAAAAUGAUGAGAGUGAAGAAAAAAAAUGCAAUCUUCGGUUAGUUAGCAAAAGAAAAAAAAACCUAAACAAUCGCAUAUAUAUCGACGAAUUUACAGACACAAAUAAUAGCUAUAGUAUUAAUGAAAAGAUGUUCAAAAAAAACAGUAAAUCUUUCGUAAAUUGUAAGAAGCUUAAUAUUUUAGGGGUAUACAAAAAUAAGGUGUGCACACAGGAAUACAAGGCGAUAUAUACGCAAAGCAAUAGCACGAAUGCAAUUUUUAAAAAAGAAAGAUGUACAUUAUCUCCUUUGUCCAUCAAGAAAAAUGAAAGAACUAUUAACGCAAAUGUUAGUGAGAAGAGCAGGAGAAACAGGAACGGUAAUUGUACCAACUGCAGAAGUAAAGAUUCUCUCGAUAAUAACAGUACUCGCAUCAGCAGUAACUACAAUGUUAACGCCCAAUGUUACAACUACUUUAACUUUACCCAUCAAAGGUACAUGAACAGGGCCGUCAACUACUUCAACACGAACUAUUACGUGAUAAAAGAAAUGAACUAUAAUGAAUCUGAACAAGUCAGGCAUAAUUUGAACAUAUUUGAAAAAAUACUUCCCGAUACUAAGACGAAGAAGCGAUUUGUAAAAAAUUUGAAGAUAUUUUUUAAGAGAUCUAAUAUAUUUUUAAAUAAGUAUAUAAAUUCAAAUCAACUGGAAAAACAAAGUAACAUUUUUUCUUUUUUAUUUGAUGCCUUGCCAUCUUUAAAUUUUAAAAGUAAUGUUAGUAAUACAUUGGACAAAUACAUAUUUUCCAUAAUUUCACAAUAUCAUUUUAUAGAAAUAUACAAUUUUAUAGAAAAUUUAAAAAAUUUAUAUAAUUUAAAAAGAAGGAAAAAAAAUAGUCUACGUAAUAGUGAUCACCCGAGCUUAAAAUUUUUGAACGAUUUACAAGGGUUAAACUACAUUUACAAUAAUUUAAAAAAUGAGUACCUUGUAUUAACGCAGAAUUUGUAUCUUGAAAUAAAGGAAGACAAAGGUAAAGGUAUGGAUAAAGAUAAAGGAAUAGGAAUAGGGUUAGGGAUAUGCGGGGAAAAUGAAAAAUAUAAAUUAAAAUAUAGCAACAAAAGCAGAAUUCAGAGUUUAAUUCAGAAUGGAAAAACAGAAAUAUAUAAGAACGUUUCAAUAUAUAAAUUUUCUUCAAAGCAACUUAGUAUUGAACAUAAUUUGUUUAAUAUAUAUCUGGAAUGUAACUUACUAAAUAAGGCGUAUAAGUUGGUUAUGAUAGAUUUCGAUUUUUCCUUUUCCCUAACGUCAGAAAUAAUAUUUUUAUAUAAAAUUUAUUUGAUUGAGUUAAAAAAAAAUAAUAUAUUAUAUUCAUUUGAAAUAUUAAAUAUGGCUUUUCAUAAAUGUUUUGUAUUAUUGAAAAAGUAUUUAUGUAACCCUACAUCUUUUAAAUUGUUAUCUGUAAUGAGUAUCUACUAUAGUCAUAUGAUAUAUAAUUUCCCAUUUUUAUCAAAAUAUCUUUAUUUUUUUCCUAUUGAAAAAAUUGAAUUUAUUAAAAAUAAUAUAAUAAUGAACGAAAGUGUAACCAUGAAUUGUUAUAGUAAUUAUUUUUAUCAAAAAAAUCAUUUCAGUGCAUUUAAUUUUUUUGAUAGAAACAGAAUAGAAGAGAAGAAUAUUAACACCUACGGCAGUACGAAGGAUGCUCGUGGUGCUACUACCACUUCUGUUGCUAUUUCUACUGCUACUGCUGCUGUCCGUACAAGUAACAAUAGUAAUAGUAAUAUAAAGUAUAAAAAGUCUGAUCUUAACACCUGUUACGAUGUUAAUAGGGACAAUAUUAUUAAUAAUUAUAAUUAUUAUUCCGAGGCAUUUAACAGAGCCACUUUAACAGUUGAACCGAAGAAGGGAGAUGAAAAAGACAAAGAUGAAAAGACAAUCCGCGUGAAAAAAAGUUCGUCCAAAUUUUGCAAUGAAACGUUGAAGUAUGACGACACGCUGAAAUACUUUGAUACGUUCAAGUACGAUGAAACAUUUUUUUAUAACAAUAGGAACAGGAAUAAUUAUAAAAACGAAUUGUGCAGUUAUAACUACAAAAGUAACAACAAUUGCGAUAACGGUUCUUUCUAUUUUUGCGAAAAUACGAAAGAGUACAACUUCCUAAAUAGGCACGAGAAUUCGUAUAUAAAUAAGAUUUUAAAAAGUUUCAACUUCAUUUUUAAUAUUUUAGAAAAAACAAUAAACAGCACUGAUGUGUCUCUUAUCAAUUAUAACAAAAGCAUAAACUCACUUAAUAGAAACACAUUUAAUAAGAAUUAUUUAUUACCAUCACCUAGUAAUAGUCCUAAUGAAAGUUUAGGUAAUAUAACAAAUUUUAUAAAAGAAAUAGUAAAUAAAAUAGAAUGUUACUUUAACAUGAAUUUUAAGAGAAAAAAUAUACAGAAUCAUUUAAAAGAUUUGGAUGAACAAAAAUUUAGAAAUUUAUUAUACGAUUCCAAAGCUAUAAGGAACUUAAAAUGUUCCCAUGAAGAUUCUUUUUUUUACUCCUUAGAAUUCCUAUUUUUGGCAUAUAUUUGUUCUAAUUUUUUUUCAGAUAAUAUAUCAAAAAAUUAUAAACAUUUUUUCAAAACAUUUAAUUUUAAUGAUAUGUGGCCAAGUAAUCAUCAAAUAAAAGUCAAAAUAUUACUGUCUUUAAUAUAUAUGAUUUUAUAUGAAAUAAAUUUAAUAGAUUUAAGAGAGUUUUUUAUACAAAUAUUAAAAAUGAUUUUAUAUAGAUUUUAUAAUUAUUUGGAUUAUAAUGAUUUGCAAAUUUUUCAGUAUAUUUUUUUAAAUAUAUCGAAUUAUACCUUAUGUUCUUUUUACUCUAUUACGGAAGAUAUAAGAAAUAUAAUUAAAGUUAACCUAACUACGUUUAAGGAAUUUUUUUAUAUUUAUAAUUUAUCAAAAACGAGAGAGACUCUUUAUUGCUAUCAAAAUGUGUGGCAAAAGGAAAAAAAAAAAAGCGAUUUUUUUAGUAAUUUUUUGACGUACUUUUUAAAUAAUAGGAAGGAAUAUACGUCUAAUUAUUGCGAAUCAGGAAAAAAUGAAAUAAAAAGGAGUAGCUUGUCGUUUAACAAUACAGAGAUGAAUUCGCCCAACAUAGAGAGUAAUAACCAUUUGAAAGGAACAGAUGGACAUAUAACCCAAGGAAGAGCUAAUAUCAACAAGAUGGGGAUUUAUUCAAAUAGCAGAAUAUACAACGAGACAGCUUUAUUCGAUCAGCCAUUGUGUGAAGAGCAUAAUAUAAAGGAUAAAUCCGAAUUUGAAAAAUUAAGUAUAAACAGGAGUGAAGGUACUAAUGAUUAUAUUGCUACUGAUCGUAUUCUACAUGGAACAUAUGAAAUACAAAAGAGUAACUACGAAAGUGAUGUAGAUUCAUAUUCAAACAAUUCGGAUAACUCAUGUAACAGUAGUAGUAUGCAUUACGUGUUUGAUUAUUUUUCGAGCGAAAAUUGUUUAGAAAAGAGCGAUUUUGUGUUUUUAAAAAAAAAAAAUAAAAAUAUAGAAGAUUCGCAAUCGCUAUCGCCAUCAUUAGGAAGUAAUUUCUUAGACAAGAUAUUAAUGCAUAUAAAUAGAAAAAACAUAAACAGUAAAAAGAAAAAGAUGGGAGGAGAGACAUUUGAUGAAACGCAUAGUAGUUGUACAUAUGAUGCUGCAUCAGAUGAAAGGGGAAGAGAAAACAAAAUUAAAAAUAUCAGAAGAAUUAACGAAAUUGGAAGAAUUAACGAAAUUGGAAGAAUUAACGAAAUUGGAAGAAUUAACGAAAUUGGAAGAAUUAACGAAAUUGGAAGAAUUAACGAAAUUGGAGGAAUUAACGAAAUUGGAAGAAUUAACGAAAUUGGAAGAAUUAACGAAAUUGGAAGAAUUAAAAAAAAUAAAAAAAUUAAACAGAAUAGAUUUGUUACUGUAAAGGAGGAGAAUUAUUGUAAGAACAAACAUGAUACCACCCAUUUUAUAGAAAACAAAAUAGAACAUAGAUAUGAAACAAUUUUACGUCAUUUCCAAAUCAAUAGAGAAAUAUAUAUAGAUAAUUACAUGAAUAAAAAGAAUGAAUUUAUAGUAAAUAUACAACAAUAUAGAAAUAGACUGAAUUAUUAUGAGCAUGUUAAACCAGAAUAUUAUAAGGCUUAUAAUUUUGAAAAAUGUUAUUAUUUACCUGAAGAAUUAUUUGAAACGAACUGUUUUAUAUUUGCUCAAAAUAAAAGUAUGAGUAAACAUAAUUUUACUUUAGAAAAAAAUAAUUAUGUACAUGUAUGUUUAAAUUUAUUAACAAUAAUAGAUUUAUAUAUGGAAUAUAAGGUAAAUAUGUUUAAUAAACCUUUUUAUUUUAUCAAAAAUUUAAUUAUUACUUGCGCAAAUAUCAGUUUUUCCAAACAUUUAAAUCUUAUAUAUAUUAAUUCAUUGAUAAGAUUAUGUCUCUUUGAACUCCGAAUGGAUAACUUGUUUACUUCCUCAAAUAUACUUGUUGAAAUUUUGAACAAUUUUGAAAAAAUAAAAUGUUAUAAAAAUGUUAUGGGAAUCAUUUUUUAUUUGUGUGGUUACUUACUAUUACAAUAUUUAAGUGUUCAUUGUGCAAAAAUGCGUGAAGACGAUAGAAAAAAUGAACUAAUAGAAAAAUAUCAUUAUUAUGUAAAUUUAAAAAAAAAUUCCUUUUGUACUAUUCAAAAAAGAAAACUGAGUAAACAGAAUUAUGAAAAAAUAAAUUCUGCUAUUCCAGAUAUGUUCAGUAAUGCAAACGAAGUAAAUAAUUUAGACAAAUUUUUCAUUUCUGCAGACGAUUCGGUAAGUCCAAAUGAUGUACAACAAAACCACAGUAUAAAGUAUGUUUCUUCCUUCCCUUCAAGGGUGGUUGCUCAUGAGAAGCAAGAUAAAGUUCCUAUGUUUGAAGACACUAAUUUUUCACAAUAUGUGGUGGGCAUGCAGGGACGAGCAUCCCAUUACGGCAUUCUAAACAGCAGUAGCAACAACAAUGACAAUAACAAUAAUAACAACAGUUACAAUAACAAUAAUAACAACAGUUACAAUAACAAUAAUAACAACAGUUACAAUAACAAUAAUAACAACAAUGACAAUAACAAUAAUAACAACAGUUACAAUUAUAAGGGAAACUAUAACGUCAACAAUAGCAGUGGUGAAAAAAAAAAAAAAAGUAUUAAUUCCACAAAAAAAAAAUGCGCGAGAAAACAAAUUCCACUAAUGAAAAACCAAAUAAAAAUAACAGAAUAUUUUUCAAAUAUAAAAAAUGAGAAAUCAAUCGAAAUAUCAUCCUAUGCAAAUUCGGUUGCAUCGGAUACGACUGUGCAAAUGGAUAGCUCAUAUGGCAAAUGUAUAAAAAAGAGAAAAACUUUUGAGGGGUUAUCUGAUCAGUUAAUAUUGGAAAAAGGGAAAAUUAAUUCAUAUCAAAAUGUGGUUGGAAGUAAAAAUGAUUUUUAUAAUUUAUUUGAUCAAAUAAAUAAAAGACAAUUUUUUUUAUUCCUUAUUUGUUAUUAUAUUAAACAAGCCUUAUAUUAUUGGAAAAAUGAGGGAGAUAGUAUAGGAAUUUUCAAUGGAAUUCAACAAAAAAAAAGGAUUAAAGAUUCUUUCUUUUUCCUGAUGUGUUCGUAUAAAUUUUUUUAUAAAUCUUCUCUAUUUUUAACAAAACAAAGCAAUAUACAAGAUUAUAAAUUCCCAUUUUUUAAUUAUGAACUAUUUGAAACAUACCAUAAAUUUUAUACAUAUUACAAAGAAAUAUUUAUUAGGUGCAACAAUGGAAAUGUAAUCAAUGUGUUAUAG